CGAAGAGAAAACUCCUUGAAGCAAAUCUAGAUUCCCACCAUGAGCUCCACACUCGACGUGAAGCUCAACCGCAUCGAUCGCAUCUUCCAUCCCCAUGUACGUGCCAGUCACACUCACAAUAGCUUUCCAUACAGUAUAUAACCCAUGCAUACUCCUCCAAACAGGAGAUGGUGCAGGGCCAAGUGAUCAUCUCUUCACCCAAAGGUUUCUCCCAUCAGGGUUUAGCCAUGAAGGUGGAGGGUAGUGCCCGAAUGCAGCUAUCCACUAAGAGCGCUGGACUCUUUGACUCGUUCUACAACAACGUGUCCCCUCUCGAGCUCGUAUACUUCCAUCUGCCCGUGGCUGCAGCGGGAAAAGUCCCGCCAGGGAUCACCAAGUUCCCCUUCGAGUUCGAACUACAGGGCAACGACGGCCAGGAGCUGCUGGAGACAUAUCACGGGGUGUACGUUUCAGUUAAGUACGAAAUCAUCUGUGACUGUAUUCGAGGUAUCAUGAAGAACAAAUUGCACAAGACACUGGAGUUCGUGGUAGAAGUUCCGCUUCGAGAGCCGCUGCCAGACUCGCCUGAAGAGUUCCAUAUUACUCCGGAGUCGCUGGAAAACGUGCGACCGCAAAGUUUGUCAGCGAUGCCGUAUUUUCAUAUCACGGGCAAAGUUCAUCGUACGAACUGCCCGGUGAAUUUGCCGUUCACAGGUGAGAUAAUAAUUGAGGAAGCAAAGAGUCCGAUCAAGUCGGUGGAGUUGCAGCUGAUUCGGGUAGAAAGCGUGGCUCACGCUGAAGGAAUUGCGAGGGAUGGUAAGUCUCAGUGAGGUUUUUGGUAUUUUAUGAAUCGAUUGAUGACGUUGUGUGCUGGGUGGUGCCAAAACAGCAACUGAAAUUCAAAAUGUCCAGAUUGGUUGGGGCGAUGUGUGUCGACAAAUGGCGAUCCCUAUUUACAUGAUUUUCCCACGUUUGUUCACUUGUCCUACAAUGUUGACCCCUGCUUUCAAGGUUGAAUUCGAGACCAACGUCGUGGUUCUGUUUGAAAAUGGGAACAUGAUUACGGAGAACUUCCCCAUUACUUUGUAUCGGUAGGCCUCGCAACCAAUGUCUUCGAGUACAGCUUCGGAGCGCUAAAACUUGGUAGACAAAGGAGAUGCAGUAGUAGUACAGUAUGUGCAAGUUGAGAUACUAUUUGAUUGUUCGAAUAGUGUUACUACUGUUUCUUUCAGCAGCAAAGUCUCGUGCUGCUUAACAAUAAUCAUGGACAAUGCUAGCCGGUAGAAUAGUUAUUUUUCAAGCACAAGGAAGCUUAAGAAAAACCUGAGACAUUGUCGUGGUUGCACGUACACUUCAUCUAUUAGAUGUGCAUUGGCAUAGUUGCCUUUACUUUUCUUCUUACUUUGGAGUGACAAACCGCACUAAAUCUAUUAAUGCAGUGUUUCAGAA